AAACUGUAACCAAAUAAUUCUCCGUGCACUGCGUGGUUAUAAAUUAGGUUAGAAAUUCGUUUGCGGUUUAUGACAAAGUAGCGAGCUGUAGAAGAUCAGUAAUUUAACUAAUCAAAUUAUAGAAUGUUUAGUAACACGAGAAGAUGUCUGAUAGGACUCUCACUUAGGAUUCGUGGGAAAUAUCUGGUGCAACCGAUCCACGAGGAUGUUCUGUCGCCUAAGCUUCGUUCUCGCGCGAACCUUGGGUAUUCGAAUGCCACGGCUCUCAAACGAUUUUACUGUCACGAUACUGUCAAUACAAUCAACGAGCAAAAUGUAACGAGUACCGAUUUGAGAGAACGACAGCAAAAGCUGGAAAGGCAGAAGUUGGACGAAUUUCUGUCUAAUCCCGAGAACCACAAGCGCUUUCAGAUAUUAGAGUUGGAAAUAGAUGUCAUGCGACACAGUGCAGAGAAAGUUCCUAAAGAGCUUGAGCCAAAGGACUGGCUACAGUUGUUAAACACGAUGAGCAAAACAAGGAGAAAAAAGUAUUUGGCGUUUUUGUGGACUAAUGAAAAAUCAUUUGAAAAUAUGAAGGCGAAGAAGGAGUUGAGGAAGGCGGAGUUCCUCGCUAAGAAAGAAGCUGGGGCGCUGGUUCCCGAGGACACUGCUGAAAUAAAAUACGGGCUGAAAGAUAAUUCGUUAUUUCUACGUAUAUAUGAGACGACGAUGAACCGUGUCUACAACGGCAAGUUACUUCAGUGUAUGAUGUACGAGCCGAAGAUAGUGUUUGAUUGCAGCUACGAGAACGACAUGCAACAGCGCGAGAUACACAAUUGCGCCAAGCAGAUGUGUCUGGCGUUUGCCAACAAUCGCAACCAUCCCAAUCCUAUGUAUUUUUAUUUUUGCAAUUUUAACAAAGACGGUUUGCUCAAGCAGCAUCUCCAUCAGAACAUACCUACCUUGUUGAACGACGAUUUUCCAGUGACAGUAACGUCGCAAUCUUACUUAGACAUAUUUCCAAAGAAUCAGUUGGUGUAUCUCACGCCACACUGUAAGGUAAAUCUGCAAGAAUAUGAUCCAGACUCGGUUUAUAUCAUAGGCGCAUUCGUGGACAAGGCCGACUCACAGCCGUUAUCUAUGGCGAAGGCUAAGAGGGAAGGUAUCCGUAUGGCGAGAUUUCCUAUAGACAGCUACCUCGAUUGGGGUGCCAGCUCGUCCAAGUGUCUCACGAUUGACCAAACGAUCAUGGUAAUGUUGGAUCUUAGACACACGGGGGAUUGGAAGAAGGCAUUGACGAACGUGCCAGCCAGGAAAUUGAAACCACACAGACAACACAUGUUGCUAUCCAAACUGCACAGAUCUGGUGUGACAGAUCUGACAGAUGUGACCGAUGUGACAAAUGCACCAGAAACUCGAAAAUCUAAAGCGCCAUCAUUGAGCUUUACAUUUCAAAAUAGGAAAAGGAAUUAAUGUUAUUUUUUAAACGUUGUGUAUAAUUAUGACAACUUUACCAUAUAAAGAAACUAAUAACAAAGAA